CUAGCCCAUUUAAAGCUAGCUAGCUAGGGACACACACAGAGCGAGCGGAGAACAGGGAGCGCGUGGCUCAGUGCGAGCGCGCGGAGGCAGGCGGAGCAGAGCAAGCAGCGGGGAGCAGUUCUGCGCAGCCCGAUGGUUUGCUCCUUCGUAUUGGCGGCGGCGGCGGCGGCGACAUUGGCGUGUCUGUCCGCUGCGGCCGCCGCCACGGGCGACCUCCUCCCCUCGUCGUCGGAGACGCCCCUCUCCUUCGGGGACGGCUACACGCAGCUGUUCGGCGACUCCAACCUCGCGCUCCACGGCGGGGGCAAGAGGGUGCACAUCUCCCUCGACGAGCGGACAGGCGCCGGGUUCGCGUCGCAGGCCGCGUACCUCCACGGGCACUUCAGCGCCCGCGUCAAGCUGCCCGCCGACCACACCGCCGGCGUCGUCGUCGCCUUCUACAUGUCCAACGGGGACGUGUACGAGCGGACGCACGACGAGCUUGACUUCGAGUUCCUCGGGAACGUGCGCGGCAAGGAGUGGCGCGUGCAGACCAACGUGUACGGCAACGGCAGCACGGCGGCCGGCCGGGAGGAGCGCUACGGCCUCUGGUUCGACCCCACGGAGGACUUCCACCGCUACGCCAUCCACUGGACCCGCGACAGGAUCAUAUUCUACAUCGACGACACGCCAAUCAGGGAGAUGGUGCGGACGGAGUCCAUGGGCGCGCAGUUCCCGUCCAAGCCCAUGUCGCUGUACGCCACCAUCUGGGACGGCUCCAGCUGGGCCACCUCGGGGGGCCGCUACAAGGUGGACUACAAGUACGCGCCCUACGUCGCCGAGUUCGCCGACCUCGCGCUCCGCGGCUGCGCGGCCGGCCCCGCCGCGGCGUGCGCGACGUCUGGCGGCGACGACGACGCGUACGGCCACGCUGCUGCCGCGAUGCCGCCCGCGCGGCGUUCGGCGAUGGAGGCGUUCCGGGCGCGCUACAUGACGUACGGCUACUGCUACGACCGCCUCCGGUACCCCGCGCCGCUGCCGGAGUGCAGCGUCGGCGCGGAGGCCGCGGCGUUCCUCCCGUCAGGGGACGCGCGGGCGGCGUUGCAUAGGCACGGUAGGCGCAGCCGGAUGCGCCGCGGCGCCGACUUUGCCGUCUGAUCCACCGGCAGCGCUGGUGUGUGUGUGUGUGCCGUGUGCCCGUGUCGACUGUGAUGUGAUGUCAUCUGAUAUAUGAUUAGGGUUCUUGAUUAGCGCUACCAUUGUAGGGUGACAGUAACCGGAGUUCCACACUUCAACUGAUUAU